UUGGUAGCCUCACGAGCUUAAAGCCGAGGCCUUUAUUUCCUUUUCCAUUUAUCCAUGGAUGGAGGAAAGUUCUUCUCUGGUUGCUUCCAAAACCUUGCAAAACCCUCCACCAGAUACUAGAGAGAGAAAGUGAAACUGGGUUUAGAGAGAAAGUGAAACUGGGUUUUAGAGAGAUAAAGUGAGUGAGGAGAAGAAAUGGCGAUUCAGUUCCCGGACGAUUUCAAGUGCCCCAUUUCUCUCGAGUUAAUGACCGACCCGGUGAUUUUAACAUCGGGUCACACCUUUGACCGGGCUUCAAUCCAACGGUGGCUAGACGCCGGUCAUCGGACUUGUCCGAUUACCAACCUUGCCCUUCCUGACUACCCAUCUCUAAUCCCCAACCACGCCCUUCGGAGUCUGAUUUCCAACUAUAACCUAGUCUCCCCUCUAAAUUCACAACCUGACCACCAACCCUCACAAACGUGUUCGCGGUCACGUCCACAGCCGCAGCCGCGAGAAUUAAUAUCCACUCUCACUUCGCGAAGUUCACCUAUUGAGACCAAGAUUGACUCCCUUGCUCAACUCAACAAACUCUCCAAGCGAGACCCGGCGAUUCGUCGCCACUUGACGGAGUCAGGCGCCGUAUCGGCUGUUCUCCGCUGCGUUAACUCGCUCGAUCCGGCGCUACAGGAGAAAGCCCUCUCUUUGCUACUGCAUUUGUCGCUGGAUGACGACAAUAAAGUGGGUCUUGUUGCUGAGGGUGCGAUUGGGCGGGUAGUUGCUGCUCUCAAAAGUGGGUGGCCGGAUUGCCGCGCCAUAGCUGCGACCAUUCUAACGAGCCUUGCGGUUGUGGAGGUGAAUAAGGCAACCAUUGGUGCUUAUACGGACGCAAUUAGAAACCUUGUGAGGAUUAUAAGGUAUGGAGAGGGCAGAGAGGUGAAAGAGGCAGCCACUUCUCUUUACGCAAUAUGCUCUUUCCCUGAUAAUAGGAGACGUGCGGUGGAUUGUGGGGCUGUACCUAUUCUGUUUCGGAUUGCGGAAUUGGGGCUGGAGAGGGCAGUGGAAGUGUUGGGAGUACUGGCAAAAUGUAAGGAAGGAAGGGACGAGAUGGGGAGGAUUGAUGGGUGUGUGGGGAUGUUGGUGAAGGUGUUGAAGAAUGGGAGUGCAAGGGGAGUUCAGUACGCACUCUUGACGUUGGAUUUUUUGUGCAGCUAUAGCGAGUUAAUGUGCAGGGAAGCUGGGAGAGAAGGCGUUUUGGAGAUGUGUGUGAGUUUGGUGGAGGAUGAGAAUGAGAAGAUAAGGAGGAUUGCUUCAAGUUUAGUGCAGACUCUGAGUGGGAGCCGCUUGAUGUAGGGAUGAAAGGAGUGAGCUUUUGUGGCAGUGGGGUAGUUGUCGGCCAUGGAGGUGGAUUAGGUGGCUCUGGACAAGAAAGUGCAUCCGGACCCCAAAGCAUUCUUCAAUCGUCAUACUUUGUCCUAGAGAUCAAUAGAAAAAGAGUUGUUUUUUAAGUGUGGGGCCUACUUUUAGGUAAUUAUUUGGUCAAUGGUGGUUCCUUCAAUAAGACUCCAUGAAGAAAAAAUGAAGCGGGUGGGUCCUUAUGUUAUCCAGCUUGACCUGCAAUCAGUAGGGUUAUGAAAACAGAGUCUCGAAUGGGACAUCUUGAAAGAAUUGAUUCCUCUAGUGGUGUACACAGCAGCUUGAAGCAAAAGAAAAAGCUUCCAUACUACAAUCUCAUCCUCUGGAAAUGCCGACACCGUCCACCCAAAAAAGAAGACAAUUUUGAAGGUACAAUCAUGGAGGAAAUGGAAGCUUCAUCACACUUUGUAGUUUAAAAAAGAAGGAAAAUUAUUAGAAGACAUGAAAGGCCUCAUCCUCCCCCUCUAGCUCCUCUUACAAGCAUUAGUUAUCAAUUAGUUAUCAUUAGAGUGGGUCAUCUUCCACAUGCAUUAGUGUAUUUGGUAAGACAGAUAAAAACUAAUUCAGACGGGAGACAAAAAAAAAUUCCUGUUAUGUCUUUCUAAACAUGGUCUCAUCUGAUGAUAAGUAUACUGAUUAGGAAGAGAAGCACGCUUGAAGACAAAGAUCAUUGAUGCCUUCUUUGGAUUCCAUAAGAAAGAGAAGUAGUUUAUGACAAUUUUAUGUUUUCUUUUACUAUAGUAAGCUGUUGGUGGUUAGGACAUUCUCACCCUUAAAUCAAUGUAAUUAUGCACUAACGAUGGUUGAAUGUUGUGAUUAAUUUUAAUUAUGGAAUUUGAUUAA